AUGGCAGGAUCCCUGACUGCCGACCUUGCCUUUUCGCCCCCACCAGGAGGUGGAGAUGAAGGGCCAGGAGGGCCUGGGCCAGACUCAGGCUGGGCUGACCCCCGCGCCUGGCUGAGCUUCCAGGGUGCCUCAGGUGGGCCAGGAAUCGGACCAGGUGCUGAGUUCUGGGGCAUUCCUGCGUGCCCCUUGCCCUACGAUUUCUAUGGAGGCAUGGCAUACUGUGGACCUCAGGUUGGCUUGGGGCCUCUGCCCCAAGGUGGCCCUGAGACUCCGCGUCCGGAGAGUGAGGCGGGCGCUGGAGUGGAGAGCAGCUCCGAGAGGGCCUCCCCGGAGCCCAAUGCUGCUCCGCCUUCUGCCAAAGUGGACAAGGAGAAGCCGAAUGAGGUCGAAGACGAGCCUGAAAGAUGUUACGACAUCAAAACUCGGCAGAAAGAUCUGGAGCAAUUUGCUAAACUCCUAAAGCAGAAGAGGAUCACCCUGGGGUAUACUCAAGCUGAUGUGGGGCUCACUCUGGGAGUUCUCUUCGGGAAGGUGUUUAGCCAAACCACCAUCUGUCGCUUCGAGGCUCUGCAGCUUAGUUUCAAGAACAUGUGUAAGCUGCAGCCCCUGCUACAGAAGUGGGUUGAGGAGGCAGACAACAAUGAAAACCUCCAGGAGAUAUGCAAAACGGAGACCCUUCUGCAGCAGGCCCGAAAGAGAAAGCGAACAAGCAUUGAGACCCGAGUGAGAGGCAGCCUGGAGAGCCUGUUCCUCCAGUGUCCCAAACCCACCCUGCAGCAGAUCAACCACAUCGCCCAGCAGCUCGGCCUUGAGAAGGAUGUGGUCCGCGUGUGGUUCUGUAACCGGCGUCAGAAGGGCAAACGAUCUGGUGGUGACUACUCCCAACGAGAGGAUUUUGAGCCUGCUGUCUCUCCUUUCCCAGGAGGACCGGUGCCUUUUCCUUUGGCACCAGGACCCCAUUUUGGUGGUCCAGGCUAUGGAGGCCCUCACUUUACUACUCUGUACUCCCCGGUCCCUUUCCCUGAGGCGGAAGCCUUCCCACCUCUCCAGGUCUCUCCUGUGAGCUCUCCCAUGCAUUCCAACUGAAGUGCCUGUCCUUCCUAGGAAUGGGUGGCAGAGG